UCGAGAUCUGCAAAUUGCGGGAAACGAAGCUCGCAGUCCACGUGGCAAAAGGAGAAGAAGGUGAGCUGAGUGAAAGGUAGGUGUGAUUGAGUGAGAGUGGGGUUGGUCGUCAAUCAAAAGAGGUGAACGGAUUUGCACUAUGGAGGCUGAGGGGGGACGUGGCGUCGAUCCUCCGCCUGAGAAUUUUGCGAACGAUAUCUGUGAGAGUGUAGGCGGCGGCGGCGGCGGCGGCGGUGGGGCGGAAACACGUCCGGUUGUGGACAAGAACGCCAGCAGUGGUUCUCGUAAAUCUGCUGCUGGGGGCGAUCAUCGGGAUCUGCUGAAGGAAAAACGGGAGGCUAGGAGGCAGAAAAUUCUCUCGAAUGGGAGUUCGCGCUUGGCGUACAUCACCGGGACGUCAACGUCACCGCCAUCGCCAGACAUGCCGCCAUCCGAUUUCUUUUCUCCUCCUCCUCCUCCUCCUCCUCCUCCUCGUCGUCGUGAUGUCAGUAGCAAUACCAGCGAGUCGCCUCCAUCGACGCGCGGGGUUGACCCUACUCCUUCCGCUGCUGCUGCUAUCGUUGAGGGAGGAGAGGCGCGAUCACAGGGUGGGAAUGGUGAGUCGCUCAUCGAAGGUGUAGUUGGUCGGGACCAAGGGGGGGCUGUUAGCAGCGGGGGAACAGCGAGGAGGCGGAGGGGCAUACCAGCCGAGAAGAAGAUGACGACGACGAUGACGGGCGGGCAGGAUGAUUCUCAUCAAAGGAGGUCGGCUAUGGCGGUGGAUGGAACGACCGACGGAGAAUUCAGAGGUGGUGCUUUUUCGGCCAUGACGGCGCGCCCUUCGUCCUCACCGAAUGCAUUCCUUGUCUUCGCUAAGGCUGUUGACAGUUGCCUCGAUGCGACUAGAGGAUUUCGUGCAUUUGUUGCGUUCACCAUCGCCAGUUACGUAGUAGCUCUUGUGUAUUUCAUCCCUUGCAGAUACAGAGGAGAGAGUUACCUACGGGAUAUUGUGCCCUUCCAUCCCAUCCACUUGGUUUGGGCCAUGGAGGUGGGUGUUUUCACAUGCGCAUUGAGUUAUCAUUUCCUUCUGGGCAGCGGAGUGAAGAAGCCGAAGCAGGGUGACGAUGGCGAUGGCGAUGGAGUCGUCGAUGCUGCGGCGGCGAUGCAUGACGGGAAGAGGACGAAGACGAAGAAGACGACGGCGAUGGCGGCGGAGUUGGCGUUAUUAGGAGAUUUCGAUCGUGGUGUGGGGGAAGGAGGAGGAGGAGGAGGAGGAGGGGGUUCAAUGGGUAGGGAUGGAGGAUCAGCGAGCGAUCCUUUGGAAUCGCUUCUCUCUCAGAUCAUGGCGGCCGCUGAUCAGGUCGGAGGGACGAUGGAGAUUAUCAACACGCUGAGAAAGCUGGUUAAAUCCGUUGUGCUUGACUCUAGCGUUUUUUUGGUGGUGAUGUUGAGUGGCUUAUCUGUCGGUGAUUACUACAACCUUCCUUUUUGUUGGAUGGAUUGAGAGAGAGAGAGAGAGAGAGAGAGAGAGAGAGAGAGAGAGAAUUCGAAUGUACACGUGCAAGUAGCGGUCGACUUACGGGGGCUUCCACAGACACAGAGAGAGAGAGAGAGAGAGAAUUCGAACGUACACGUGCUAGUAGCGGUCGACUUACGGGGGGUUCCUAUUCGUCGACCCUUUUUUUGUUCUUUUUUUUAAAACCGUGAUUGUUGAUCUUUUCUUAGGUCAGCUAGUACAGCUUCUCCUUGUGCUGCGUUUUUUCUCUGCGUCUUUGCUGCCAGUGAUCACAUUCUUCUUCUUUUUUUUCUUUUUGUCUGUUAAUCCCUUUGUUGUUUACCCCACCGCACUGCUUGCUUCGCUCUGCCCUGAACGUCUUCUGAACAAUCAAUCUUUCGUUUCCAUCUUUGAAAAAGCCCUUUUGCCCUAAACCCUAUCUUUCGAAUCUCCCGGGAUCAUUCUGCGUCAACUGCCCCCGUACUCUUCCUUAGGACUUGCAGAUGAGACUUGUCUUCACGUUCCCCCACUCCGUCUCUCCAUCCUCUCUCUCCUUCCGGAAUAUCGCUGCUCUCUCUCUCCUUACCUUGCUCGAUCGUCUUUGCGCGGGGCGUCGAUUACGUAAUCACGAUCGCCACGAAGACCAUUUCCUUAGUCUUUGGUGCUCUCCUUCUCUUCCCGUUCUCCUUUCCCCCACUUUAUCACUAUGUUUCCUUUUCUUCUCCCCCCCCUUCUCCCUUCUCUCACUCUCUCGUCUUUCCAUUCCCUCUUCUUUUUUUUUUCUUUUUUUUUUUCCCUCUUUUAGAUCCCAGAAACCCUAGAACGAAGAGAGGUUAAAGAGAAAACUUGAGGCCAAGCUCGCCGUGUCUUGUCCUCUUCUGGACUCUCUAUAUUACUUAAUCUCCCCUCUCCGCCCCUAUGCACUCCUCUCUCGUACGUAUUAUGUCCUCUACCUAUUCUUCCCUCUUCUGCACCCUCUCUAUUACCUAAUCUCCCCUCUCCGCACCUAUGCCCUCCUCCUCUCUUGUACGUAGUCUCUCUCUCUCUCUCUCUCUCUCUCUCUCUCUCUCUCUCUCUCUUACCUAUUCGCUCCAUUGUGGAACUCCGUCUUCGGAGACUCACAACGAGUGCUCCUCUCGUCAAACGUCCUCUCUUCCGUUGUCUUGUCUCUUCCCGCACCUUGCGGCAGCUUGGGCCUUGCCACACCACUCUCGAAAUGUGAGAAAGGCAAAUUUGUGGCGGCUGCAUCUGGUCAUGUCUAGUGGGAAGUUCAUUCUCAUUUUGCACAUUUCCAGAGAGGUGUGGCGUUGCCCCUUGUUACAUGUGCUCUUGSUCUUUCUGCCCGUGCUCUCCCUUGCUGCUUUCCCCAUGUGACGCUUCGCGUCUCACUCUGGCACCUCCUCUCCUCUCGAUCGUCCCCUUUUUGUCACGGGGUUCACUUCAUUACUGUUUCAUCUCUUCCUGUUCAUCGCCGCUGCCGAAGUUGACACCCUUUUUCAUCGACCGUGCCAAAGUUAACACCCUCUUUCCCCCCCCGCACAGAAAACGAACAAACCUCCCCGUUACCC